AUGGAGGUUCCAGGCACGAGCACCACAUCAAACGAUCUGACAUGGCGGCUGGGUAGUGUAUCGGCCGAUAAACCUCUAAGCUUUGGGAUGAGAGACAGAGGAGCAUUUCUUAAUCCUCGGAGACCGCCACCGUGGAGCAGCGGUCUCCACUCGGUCUCUGCGGUCUCAGCGGUCUCUGUUCCCUCGUCUGACCAUCAGACGAGGGAACAGAGCAGUCUGAUGGUCAGAAAUAGUGAGGAAAUCAUUGCAGGAGGUCAGAAAGGAUGGGACCUCAGAACACAGCCACCGUCAAGGUGCAAAUUGACGGUUCAUGAGACAGGGAACCGAUCGAGACGGAACAUCCAGGUGGACUUCGGGAGACAGGGAGCCUGGACAGCGACGCCGGUGGACACCAUCAUCACCCACACAACAGAUCAGCAGGAAAACAGAUCACCCACACAACAGAUCAGCAGGAAAACAGAUCACCCACACAACAGAUCAGCAGGAAAACAGAUCACCAACACAACAGAUCAGCAGGAAAACAGAUCACCCACACAACAGAUCAGCAGGAAAACAGAUCACCAACACAACAGAUCAGCAGGAAAACAGAUCACCCACACAACAGAUCAGCAGGAAAACAGAUCACCAACACAACAGAUCAGCAGGAAAACAGAUCACCCACACAACAGAUCACCAACACAACAGAUCACCCACACAACAGAUCAGCAGGAAAACAGAUCACCCACACAACAGAUCAGCAGGAAAACAGAUUACCCACACAACAGAUCAGCAGGAAAACAGAUUACCCACACAACAGAUCAGGAGGAAAACAGAUCACCCACACUACAGAUCAGCAGGAAAACAGAUUACCCACACAACAGAUCAGCAGGAAAACAGAUUACCCACACAACAGAUCAGGAGGAAAACAGAUCACCCACACUACAGAUCAGCAGGAAAACAGAUCACCCACACUACAGAUCAGCAGGAAAACAGAUCACCAACACAACAGAUCAGCAGGAAAACAGAUCAACACAACAGAUCAGCAGGGAAACAGAUCACCAACACAACAGAUCAGCAGGAAAACAGAUCACCCACACAACAGAUCAGCAGGAAAACAGAUCAGCAGGAAAACAGAUCAGCAGGAAAACAGAUCAGCAGGAAAAAAAACCAAUCCCGGAGUCGAAGACCAAAAUAAAAGUCAAUCAAAAGCCAUCAAAACAAAGAAGUUGA